UGGAGUCCGUUUAAUGUCCUACAUUCCUUUCCAGGUCUCAGUCAUAAUUCUGUGCGCUGCCCUUGCAGAAUAUUAAUGUGUAACGAUGGUGUUGACGGUACGUUGGACUGUGUCUAACAAUAUUAGACAACCGGAAGCUCGUCGGCUCGAAUAAGGCGACGUUUUUACGGAGGGACAUUUUUAUAUUAAAAAAAAAAAAAAGAGAGAGGGAGAGAAAACAAUGAGGCCUAAUAGGAGAGAUGAGGAACAAGUGUCAAGCUGAGGAAUUCAACACACAGCAGCACGUCGGGUUGUAUUUCCGCAGCCAUCGAACUGUUUGACACAACAGUCUCGGUGUGUUGACUGGCAUGUCACAAAUGCAGGCGUUUUCCUCUCCCUCCGUGUCCUCCAGUGGCCUGUCGCGCUCCAAGAAACUGAAGUUGGAAAACCACGCAUGGAACGUGAGCAGCCAAUCAGGUGAGAGCGGCUACUACCAGCACAGCCCGAACCAGCCGAAUGGCUCCUCCCCCUCCACAUCUGGAUUCAACCCCAGUUACAACUCCUCCAGCGUGGUCUUUCCUCCUCCUGGAGGCUCGCGGGAGCAGACAGUGGUACGCGCCGCAGACAGCACCGGCAGCGUCCCGGAGCCUUCAUCGUCCUCCUCGUCAUCGUCCGCGUCCAGUCAGCGUGGAAAAGAUGCGGGCUCCGCCUCCCUGACGUGCGAGGGCUAUCAGAAGCAGGGCAGUCUGAAGCGGAAAAGCGAGGAGGUGGACAGCAGCGACAGCGUGCAGAUUUUGGAGGAGCUGUCUGCUCCCGUGCUCCCCAACCGCGUGGCCGGAGGCGGAGGCAAUGCCACGGCUCAGUCCAUCGCUCACUCCACGUCCACCACCAAGAGCAGCAACUCUCACAGCGAGGGCGACUACCAGCUGGUGCAGCACGAGAUCCUCUGCUCCGUCUCCAACAGCUACGAGGUUCUGGAGUUCCUCGGACGGGGCACGUUUGGGCAGGUCGCCAAAUGCUGGAAGCGUGGAACCAACGAGAUCGUGGCCAUUAAGAUUCUCAAGAAUCAUCCGUCGUAUGCCCGCCAGGGUCAAAUAGAGGUGAGCAUCCUCAGCCGUCUGAGCACAGAGAAUGCAGACGAGUUCAACUUUGUGCGCUCUUACGAGUGCUUCCAGCACAAGAACCACACGUGUCUGGUGUUCGAGAUGCUGGAGCAGAACCUCUACGACUUCCUCAAGCACAGCAAGUUCAGUCCACUGCUCCUCAAAUGUAUCCGGCCGGUCCUGCAGCAGGUCGCCACGGCGCUGAUGAAGCUGAAGAGCUUGGGUCUCAUCCACGCUGAUCUGAAGCCUGAAAACAUCAUGCUGGUGGACCCCAUCAGACAGCCCUACAGAGUCAAAGUCAUUGACUUCGGUUCAGCGAGUCAUGUCUCGAAGGCGGUGUGUUCGACCUACCUGCAGUCUAGAUAUUACCGGGCGCCUGAGAUCAUUCUGGGCCUUCCGUUCUGUGAGGCCAUUGACAUGUGGUCACUGGGUUGUGUCAUUGCUGAGCUGUUUUUGGGCUGGCCUUUGUAUCCAGGAGCCUCAGAAUACGAUCAGAUUCGGUACAUUUCCCAGACUCAAGGUUUGCCAGCUGAGUAUCUCCUGAGCGCCGGCACUAAAACCAGCCGUUUCUUCCACAGAGGUCCAGACUCCAGCUACCCUCUCUGGAGACUCAAGACUCCUGCAGAGCACGAGGCAGAGUUUGGGAUUAAGUCCAAAGAGGCUCGCAAAUAUAUCUUCAACUGCCUUGAUGACAUGAUGCAGGUCAACAUGACUAACCUGGAAGGCACGGACAUCUUAGCGGAGAAGGCCGAUCGGAGGGAGUUCAUUGACCUGCUAAAGAAAAUGCUAACUCUGGACGCAGACAAGCGGAUCACGCCCACCAAGACCCUCAACCACCCGUUUGUGACAAUGGCUCACCUGCUUCACUUCCCACACAGCUCACACGUGAAGUCCUGCUUCCAAAACAUGGAGAUCUGCAAGCGCAGGUGCACCGCUUUCGACAACAACAAAAACCUGUUCGCCAGCCACAACGCCCCCAGCGCAGCCGCCAACCUCACCGUCACCUUCAGCAGUCAACUCAAUCAGCACAGCCAGAUGGCCUCCACGGGGGGCCAGUCCCUGUCUCUUAGCAGCAACGUCCCUUUACUGAACUACCAGCCUGGUCUGUACCAGCAGGCCACUAUAAAUAUACCAGGCUUGGCUCAGCAGGGUGUGCCAUUGCAGGCUCGCCCUACUCAGCUGUGUGCCCAGACAGAGCCUUUCCAGCAAACCCUCAUUGUGUGCCCUCCCACCAUCCAGGGGCUGCAGACCUCCAAUAAACAUGCUGGAUAUCCAGUGAGAAUGGAUAACUCUGUUCCCAUAGUGCCCCAGAACCAGUCCACCCAACCUCUACACAUUCAGCCCAGCAUGCUCACACAGUUCCUCCACACAUCCCUCUAUCCCUUCCCCAACCAGAGCAGCAGCAGCACGCCGCUGACGGUGGCCUCCCUGCGUCUUCCAGUGGCGGGAAUGACGCCGCUGGCCUUGGGCUCUCGGCGUCUGGAGCAGAGUGCCACCAUGCUGCAGGGCUGGCCAGCAGGGACUCAGCAGAUCCUCAUUCCUUCUUCAUGGCAGCAGAUGUCAGGAAUGACCAUGCACAAUCCCAGCCAACCUGUGCUUUCCGACUCACCCAUGAGCUCUCUGCUCUCGGACAACAGCACACAGCAGAACAGCAGCUGGAGGGGUCGACAUGGAGGUCAGUGCGAUGGGACGCAGCAGGGCUCUGCGCAGGGGCGUAACGUGAGCACACAGCCCUCCCACACAGGGCCAGCCAGCAGUCGAGCACAGCAGAGCGGACUGAAGAGGUCGAAGGGUCGACACGCUGAGAGCAAAGCCAGACCCACGUCGUCCCAGCAGCCGUCUUCUUCAGUAGCGCACAGCUGUGGUGACGCGUCCCAGCCCAUCAUCAUAUCUGACACGCCCAGCCCAGCCGUCAGCAUCAUCACCAUCCACAGCGACACCGAGGACGAGGACGACAGGAAGUAUCCUCCUGAAAGCUGUAGUGUGAACCAGCGCACAAACGUCAUCAGCUGUGUGACUGUGCAUGACUCCCAGGACUCAGACUCCUCCACCAGCACCCCUCUCAGCCCCAAACGCCUUCCCAGCACACACUCCAAGUCUCUAGCCGUGGUCACGCCGUCAGUGAAAACACAGCUCUGGGAUGGAGCGUCAGGAGAGCAAAGUACUAAUAGUUCUGGGAAAUCAAAGAAAGGAACGGCUUUACAGUCCAGCGAGCGGCAUCAGAGAGCGGCGUCCAACAGAUCUCAGCCUCUCAACCUGAGCCAGGCGCAGCAGUCAAUGAUGUCAUCACAUGACCGCGCAGGGGGCGGAUCCCUGAGGCGCCAGCCCACCUACCCCCCUACAGGCCCCUCCCACUCCUACAGGCUUCAUGAAGCGUCGCUCUUCGGCUCCACCUCCAGUCUGUACGCGUACCCUGCGUCUGCAGCCCUGGCCUCGGUGUCGCAGGCCGUGGACCAGCUGCACACUUCGGCCACUUCCUCCUGCUCCUCUUCCUCCGGCCGACACACUCGCACCGCCGGCCCGUACUCGGCCUCCCUAAGCCUUCUGCAGAAGAACAGUGCCAUGGGCGUCAUGUGUCAGGCGUCAGCUCCGUACCAGCAGCACACCACACCGUCCUACCAGCGGUCCGCAGCGUUUCCCCUCAGCCAGAGGAAACUCAACCAGUACCCGUACCUGUGAGGAGCACUCGUCUCAUGCGCGUGGAUACAUGGAAAACGACAGAAUGGUGUCAUGGAUGUUCACGUGGAAAUGCCAUUUUAGCUUUGCAUAUUUUAUUUUAGUCUUUUGUUUUCUUUUAUGCAUUUCAGUGCAGAACGUCUUAGAUUUUAGAUCAUUUCAAAAACCAUGCCGUAAACGAACAUUAUGCGGUUUCUUAAAAUAUCACCUGCAGAGAAGCCUUUAAACACAACUUUGUGUUGUACUAGAAAAAAAAACAUGGCUGUUUUUUUCCCAAAGCGACUUACAAAUGAAAAAUACAACAAAGUGAUUCAUACCGAUGGUAUAAUAUUAUUAUACCAUAAUUAUAUAUCCCAUUUUUGCAUAUCUCUCUUGACUUCGAUUGAACUGCCAAAAAUUAAGAUUUAUUUUGGCUAAGUUUUCAUGCAACGGCAUUCAUGAAUAUUAUUAUUAUUGUUACUACUACUGCAUAAUCUGCUUAUGCUUUUGGGUAAAAACAUUAUUAUUUAAUAUUAUUAUUAUUAUAUAUUUUUUUUAAGAUUUACAUUUUUGAUAUUAUUUUCUUUACAAUUAAGCAUCCUUUCCCCAACUAAUUAUUAAUGCCAUAAUGAAAAAAUCUCAUUAUUAUUAUUAAAGGUAAAAUAAUUAUAUAUAUAUAUAUAUAUAUAUAUAUAUAUAUAUAUAUAUAUUAUUAUGUAAGCUUUAAAUCAAAACUAUUACUGUUCAAAUUUAUUAUCAUUAUUGUAUUAUUAUUUAUAUCUUUAUUUUACUGGAAAAUCUGCUUGCAUACUGCAUAAAAUAAUCUUCUCCCUUGCAGAACUCAAUACGAAUACGGUGUGGUCAUGUGACAUCAGUGUGGCAUACUAUCGUUUACAUUUAUUUAUCAUUGCAUAAUACGAUCUAAUUUGCAUAAAGUGCAGUAUGCUGAAUGCAGUGUAUACUGGCCAGUAAGCAGUAUGCUAGUAUUCCAUUCUAAACAAAGCCCAUGCUGAACGUGUUCACUGAAAGUGUUAAUGACCUUUAAAAUAGCCUUUUUAAAAUCUGGUUUGAUCUGGUAAUUAGAGAAUUAUAUUUCUUAAAUAUUUAAGCUGUCUUUGGGACGUGCGUCAGCAGACGGUAGAUAUCUCCUAGAACGGCUAAAAUGAUAUUUAUAAGUGUUUCAUUGACGCCUGCCCAAUUAUAAAAAUGUGUUGAAAUGAUACAUGAAUGAUGUCCCUGUGACAACACUAAAGCAUUCGGUUACGUUUGUUUCGGUUAUAAUUUUUCAGCUGUGACAGGAUGUCAUCACAGACUAGAAACUGAUCAAGACAAAAUACCAGGAGAGAGUCAGCUAAAUAUUUUAAAUGUCAAAUUUAUGCUGAAAUGUAUUCCUUAUUAAAUUAAAAUGGUUAUUACUAUUAUUAUUAAACAAUUAGUUUACUUAGUCACAAAGUAACCAUAAGAAUAUGUUUUCAAAUAUUUUCUUUUGAUAUAUAAUGUAAUAAGUCUCAUAGUUUGUGACAGAGCUCUGUAGUUGCACACUAAAUAAUCAAGGUUUUGCUUUCAGUAUAACUUUCAUUGUGCUUUUAUUUAUUUACUGAAUAUAUGUGGACUUCUAAUGAUGUAUGUAAAAUCUAAAAUUAAUUGUUCUUUCUUUUAAGUCAAUUUGAGUUCUCUUUAACUUUGUAUUUUUUUUUAUUUUUUUUUUUACAUUGGUUUAAAAGUAUCAUUUUAUUUGACUAGCACUUAUGUUUAUUACUUGAUUUGUAUUUGUAUUUUCUCCAUGAAAUAAGAGUGAAUUUGUCAGUGAGAUUCAUCAGGAUGGUUACUCGUCAUUUGUUCUGUAAUGUCCUCAGCACAACAUGAUAUGUCUAAAAGAUUAGUGUUUGGAUGGUGUGUGUGUGUGUGUGUGUGUGUGUGUGUGUGUGUGUGUGUGUGUGUGUGUGUGUGUGUGUGUGUGUGUGUGUGUGUGUGUGUGUGUGUGUGUGUGUGUGUCUGUGUGUGUGUGUGUGUGUGUGUGUGUGUGUGUGCGUGUGUGUGUGAGAACUUGCCCUGCUUGCACAGUGAAAUCCGAGCAGGACCUCACAGAUUAUCAGACUAUUUAGAUAAACAGAUGGUUAACAUGUUAGCUGUUCAUCUCAGUUGAUCUUAGAGCACUUCGUGUGUGUGUGUGUGUGUGUGUCGUACUGAGCUUGUCUCGUGAAUGUUGCCGGGAUUCUUGGCUUUGGUGCAAUGAUGGCUGUUUAUACUGUUUUAUCACCAUGUGAAGUGGAGUGCAGAGUAGAUGAAAUCACAAUAAACUUUCAUCCAGAA